UAAGUGCUACUUAUGAUUAGUUUUGUGGUCUAGAGUCACAAAUAGUUUAAGGAUCAUUUUAUUAAUGACGUCACUUGAACCUGAAGGCUGCAGCUGCAAUUUUUCAAUAUUCCACAAGAUGGCAGCAGAGUAAAAAAAAAAAAAAAAAAAAAAAUGUCACACUUACAUUAGUGUGCUUUUUGUGAUCACACUUUUCAAGUACAAAUAAAGUUAGACAAAAUAUUUUUCUUUUAGUCUCGUUUAAGAAUAUAACCGACAACUUUAUAUAACAUUUGUUUUAGCGGGAGAGAAAAAGAAAUGGAACGAACAUUCAAAUCCCUGUAGCCUGUAGGAAACGAAACUGGGUUAAUUAUUCUUUCGAUUAGGAUGGAUGUUGUUGCUACACUGCUUAUGAGAAACAUGCAGUGGCAUGCACUGGAUACAUCAAAUAGAGCUGUUAACUUGGGAAACUGAUGUGCAGGUAGACCUGGUCCUGACCGGUUUUUUUUUUUUUUUAAACUCCUUUUAAAACUCCUCCUCUUUCCACUCACGGAGAAGAGCAAACAGUAUGAGUGGUUUAGCAUGGCCGCUGUCCUCAGGAGUGCCAAAGUAUAACUAAUAUUCAGAUAUUGAGUAUAAAUACAGUAAGUGGCUAGAUAUAUAGUUAAUAGUAGGCUCCUACCAUUUAAAGGAGCUCUGAUAGCUCCUCCAGUAGUAUUUUUCUUAUGAGUCGUGUUUGGAUUUACCUGUUUCCUGCUCUAUGUGCGCUUGUCUUGACAGGUGUACAUCAGGUGGAGGGAAUGGAGUUGUUUACAUCCUCAGAGUUGGAGGCAGUCAAUGGGACAGAUGUAUGGCUCAAAUGUACAUUUAAAUCUACACAUCCUCUCUCCGAAGAAAGAGUCUCUGUAUCCUGGAGCUUCCGACCACUCGGAAAGACAACAGAAGAAACGUUUUUUCACUACCAAAAAAGUGCAUUUCCCCCAGAAACAGGCAUGUUUAAGGGUCAUGCUGUAUGGUCUGGCGAUAUAAUGAGGGGUGACGCAUCCAUCACGCUGCAAAAUGUGCAGUUCAUAUUUAAUGGUACCUACUGCUGCCAAGUCAAAAAUCCACCCGACAUCCAGGGCUUUGUAGGUGAGAUCAGCCUCAGAGUCGUUGAAAAAGUUUCAUUCUCUGAAAUUGGAAUUCUGGCAAUAGCUGUUGGUGGAUCCAUUGGCAUUGUUCUCCUGAUCCUCAUCAUUUAUAUUGUUGUGCGGGUAUUCCGGAGACAGGAGGGAGACAUGGUUGUUGAGAUGGAGAACCACAAAUCAAAGGAUCAGGUGCUGUGAGAAAGGAUGCCUGACUCAGGGUUUUUGUGAGUCUCUGCUGUUAAUUGUCUGGACUAACCCAUCUUUGACUACUAGUGAUGACAUAUUUCAACACAGGAUUUUCUAAUUAUAAGAAAUGACAAUAUCUAGAUGGCAAAUUGAUCGGUAGAAGCUUACUUUCUUCUACUAUUUUACAGAGAUAUGUUUUUAGUUAUUAUAACCUUUUUUUAUUUUUGACUUUUUAUGUAUGAAAACUUAAGGUGAGGUAAAAUUUCAUAUAUAAAGUGAUAUCAUCCAUCUUUUGUAUUCUUAAAAAGAUGAGAGAUAUUAAGUGUUUAUAUGUGUUUAAACUGACUUCAUUGACUGACUGCUGCCAAUAAGUAUGAAUUUUUGUCAUUCUGCAUUUGUCUGUUGCACUACUUUACAGCAGUUUCCAUCACUUACAAUAAACUUGUGCAGCAAAAAACAAAACCAAAAAAAAAAAAAACUAUCCAUUUAAGGGAGCAAUAUAAAUUCUAAAACCUGUAACACAUUUUGUAAAUAAAGGUAGAAUGGAUGGAUCAAAGAGAAACUGCAUGAAAAAAAAAUUAUUGAACAAAUGUAGUACUUGGACUGUUAUUGUUAUUGUUCUUUGUACUGACCACCUCAAAUUGUGGAUUAUGUUCAUCAAUGCUGCAUGGAUUUUGCCAUUUAAAGAAUAUCUUUCAAGUGAGUAAAUUCAUCCUUUAAUCCUAGUUUCAAAGAAAAUACUGUACUUGUUAUUGUCUGUUCAUAUCAAAUAAUUUUUAUUGCAUUACAGUUUUAUUAGAUUUUACAAAUGUUUAGAUUUUUCUUUUAAUUGACAUUUUAAAAGUAAAUAAAAAAAUAUUUUUUGUGAAUGUUGUGUUCUCUUCGAACUUUUGACAUGGUAAAGCUAGUUUAAAAAGCCAUAAAACCACAAUUGGUUUAUUUUUUUUCUAUUACCUACCCCACUGAGUCUGAUUGUAUGC